UGUGUUUUUUUUAUUCUCUCCUCUUCCACCGCCCCCCCCCCCCCAACCCGACUCCUCUCUCGGUUGCUUUCGGCUGGCGGCCGGCGCUUUAACAGCGGCCUGCGUCUCCUGUCAGUCCCGGCCGAUCGUGGGCCGGGGAAGGAGGAGGAGUAGGUCAUCGCCUUCCCCCCACCACCACUUCGAUUCGCGGCUCGAAUGCCGAGCAGAAGCCGGCUCGGACAGCGGGCGGGCGGCCCCGGCCUGUGAGGCAGACGCUGCUGCAGUCUCCACCUUCGGAAUAACGACAGUUGACUUUCUUGCUUCGGACGCCGAUUUGGUAUAUUUCGAAUUAACAUGAAGGCAAUCGAUGAACCUCCUUAUCUAACAGUUGGUACUGAUGUGAGUGCUAAAUACAGAGGUGCAUUCUGUGAAGCCAAGAUCAAGACAGCAAAAAGGCUUGUCAAAGUAAAGGUAACUUUCAAACAUGAUUCAUCGACUGUGGAAGUACAGGAUGAUCAUAUCAAGGGGCCACUUAAGGUAGGAGCAGUUGUCGAAGUCAAGAACCCUGAUGGAACUUGCCAAGAAGCAGUCAUCAAUAAGCUGACUGAUGCAAGCUGGUACACCGUAGUUUUUGAUGAUGGUGAUGAGAGAACAUUGAGACGAACUUCCCUCUGCCUGAAAGGAGAGAGACACUUUGCUGAAAGUGAGACUCUUGACCAGUUGCCUCUUACUAAUCCUGAACAUUUUGGCACUCCUGUCAUCGGAAAGAAGUCCAACCGAGGAAGAAGGUCCAACCCAGUAUAUAAAGCUGAAAGUAGCAGUUCAAAGUGUGACCAUCCCCUCCAAUUAAAAAGCCCUGAUGAAGAAGAUUCAUCUUCAUCCAGUGAUGAAGAUGACGAAGACAGACGAUUAAGUGAUGAAUUAAUUGGCAAAAUUGUCUGUGUAGAGUGUACUAAUGGAGACAAAAGGAAGACAUCCCGAUACCCAGCUCUGGUUAUUUCUCCAGACUGCAGUGAUGAAGUCACAGUGAAAAAGGACAGUGUUUUAGUUCGCUCAUUCAAGGAUGGGAAAUUUGUGGCUGUGCCCCGGAAGGACAUCGCAGAAUUUGACAGUGAGAUGGCCUCAAAAUACGAUGCAGCUAUGAAGGAAGCUUUGGACCAGGCUCUAGAAUUCUUGAAGAGCGGAACCAUUCCCCACAAUUGGAAGACUGAGUUGAAGGAAGAGAGUUCAAGCAGUGAUGAGGAGGAACGUGAUGAGGAGGAGGAGAGCAGUGAGGAGGAGGAAGAGGUGGAGCCUUUUCCAGAGGAAAGGGAGAAUUUCCUGCAACAACUGUACAAGUUCAUGGAGGAUCGAGGUACUCCAAUCAACAAACGCCCUGUGCUUGGAUACAGGGAUUUGAAUUUAUUCAAGCUAUAUAGACUUGUCCAUGAACUGGGAGGAUUUGAUAAUAUUGAAAGUGGUGCUGUGUGGAAGCAGGUCUAUCAGGAUCUAGGAAUCCCUGUGAUGAACUCCGCUGCAGGUUACAAUGUCAAGUGUGCAUACAGGAAAUACUUAUGUGGCUUUGAGGAUUAUUGCAAGUCAGCCAACAUUCAAUUUCCAACAUCACUGCAAGGAGACCAUAAAGCAGGAAAACAGAAGAAAGAAUGUGAAAAGGGUCAUGAUGACCUUGAUCACAAAGACGAAAAGGAAAAGGUUGCAAGUGUUACAUCACCAAUAGCUGAAUCUGAGGGUGAAAACGAGAAUGAAAGCAAAAGCGUUGUGCAGGAUGAAGAACUAAAGGGUCAGGAAGCAAAAUCCGUAAGGGCAAAGAAACGACACCUGCCGGAAUGCAUGGCACAGGCACCAGAUAGUAGCAAAGUGAAAAUUGAAGAAAGUGAGGAAGGGAAAGGAGAUCAAACCUAUGAUGCGAAAGAUGAUCCCAGGUGUAAAACUGAAGAACUAAAACCACAAAAAAUGGGGGAUAAAGAAAAACACGGGGAUGAAAGCAGUAAAGAGGAUGAGGAAGAUGAAGAGGAUGAGGAAGAUGAAGAGGAGGAAGUUGGUGGUGAUGGUGAAGAGAGGGAAGAUGAAGAGGAAGAAUUUGAGUGCUACCCACCAGGAAUGAAAGUCCAAGUGAGAUAUGGUCGAGGGAGGAACCAGAAGCUCUAUGAAGCCAGCAUUAAAGAUUGUGACGUGGAGGGUGGCAUGGUCCUAUACCUGGUGCACUACUGUGGCUGGAACGUGAGGUAUGAUGAAUGGAUCAAGGCAGAUAAAAUAGUGCGGCCUGCAGAUAAAAAUGUCCCAAAAAUUAAACACAGAAAGAAAAUAAAGAGCAAGGUGGAUAAAGAAAAGGAAAGGAGUGAUAAAAAAGAUAAGGAAGAUAAAUCUCCCAACAAGUCUGUGCGUGUCCGCCGCUUCUCAAAGACUCCAGCUCAUGCUGUAUCGUCAGACAUCUCCCCAAAACUAAUUGGUGCUGGAGCAAGGAGCUGUGAACAGGACAUUUCUACAAUAGGCUCUUGCAUCAUCAACGGAGUGCAAGGCUCGGAGAGUUCUGAGGAGAGUGAUGAUGAUGACCACAGUGAGGCCACUUGGAGAAAAGGCCCCGAAGAGGAUGCAGCAAUUCAAGAAAGCAAUGAGCCGGCCCUCGAGGACCAGAGAAACCUUCCCAUGGCUGGGCUGCCAGGUACACCUCCAGCUGGCGCCAAGCUGGGAAACUUAUCGGACUCUCUAGACUGGGCGAGAAGAGGCAAAUGUUCUGAGGAGGAGGACGAGGAGGAAGGAGAGGAGCCCGCGAAACCGAUGGUGCAGAAAGAACCGGGUGAGAGGCGGACAAAAUCACACCUGAAGCGUGCCAGGAGGAGAAAGGUAGGUGCUGAAGACUGGGCAAAAACAGAAUCGCCCAACCACAAGGGUGAGAGGUCAAAGGGCAAAGAAUCUCCCCUCAACAGCACAAGCAGCAACAGCAGCUCAGAUGAGGAUGAUGAAAGAACUGAAGGGAAAAAUGGCUCUACAAGAAAGCAUAAUGGACUGCAGGAAAAGCGGAAACCUCUGCACGUGACCCAACUGUACUCUGGUUUUUCAGAAGUGCCUGAGAAAAGGGUCAAGCUUUUAAACAAUUCAGAAUUAAGGGCUCAGAACACAAAAGUAAAGGACCGAAAAGAUGUGUGGUCAAGCAUCCAGAUCCAGUGGCCUAAAAAAGUUCUUAAGGAGCUCUUUUCCGAUUCUGAUACUGAGACCACGUCAUCCCCACCCGUGGCCCUGGAAGAAGCAAAGCCCGAGACACUGGCUGAGACUGCUAAAGAGGAAGAGAGGCUGCCACAUGUGGAAGCAGAAACUGCCGCGUUAGUUAUCUCCCCUGUCAAGCCAAGCGAAGAGAAGCCAACUGAAAAACUGGACAAGAAGGGUGAGAUGCCCAGCAGUGGCAGCAACUCUGUGCUCAAUACACCGCCCACCACCCCCGAGUCUCCUGUCUCGGUCACAGUAACUGAGGCCACCCGGCCACAACCCAAUGCAGUGAUCCCUCAAAGGUUGGUUCCAAGCCAGGAGGAAGUCCAGAGUGUUAAAAGUGAGACUGACAGCACCAAUGAGGUUGAUAGUAUGACCGGGGAGCUGCAAGAGGGACAGUCUGAGGGCAACGUCUCUCCAACAGGGUUUGACGCCAGCAUUAGCUCAAGCAGCAGCAAUCAGCCAGAACCAGAGCAUAAGGAGAAAGUUGCUUCUGGUCACAAAAGGCCAAAAGAUGCUCAGGGAGGAAGUUCAACCAAGAAGCAAAAACGCAGCCACAAACGAUCAGGGAUCAACAACAAAAAGAAAAGUCGAACUGCAAACAGUAGCGACAGUGAAGAGUUGUCUGCGGGUGAAAAUACUGCCAAAUCUGUACAAGUGAAGAAGAGUUCCUCUGUGGUACCACCAGGAGUCAAUUCUCUGCCAGGAAGCACAUCUGCCACCAAAGUACUGACCCCUGCAAAAUCCCCUGUGAAUGGGGAGAAGAGUGCCACACAAGAACAGAGCAGCAGGACCUCCAGAACCUACAAAUGGAGCAUUCAGAUGGCUGACGUUGAGAAUAUGAGUGGUGUGGAACGCAUUGCAUUUCUUCAAGAGAAGCUGCAGGAGAUCAGGCGACAUUACCUCUCCCUAAAGUCUGAGGUAGCCUCCAUCGACAGAAGAAGAAAGCGUAUGAAAAAGAAGGACCGUGAUACGAAUGCGACAGCGACGGCAUCCUCCUCUUCCUCACCUUCGUCCAGCUCUCUCACAGCAGCCGUCAUGUUAACGCUGGCCGACCCAUCGGUGUCCAACUCGUCACAGAAUGGGCUGUCGGUAGAAUGUAGGUGAUGAAAGGACCUCCCGACGCACAGUGCACUUAAACGGCUCCCGGGGCUACUUUUAUUUUAUUUUUUAUUAUUAAUAUUUUUUUUAAAAGAGACGCUGGAUAGAGGCACAAAGAAAAAAAAUACAAAACGAGAAAAACAAUUCAACUAGCACUGUACGCCACAAGAGAAACUGCUUCUCAGCAAAACUAACAGCACUUAAGUGCACUUUCAUGAAGAUGUAGAAGUACAAUGAAGUGUUCUGUCGGAGCAAUAACCAUUUGCAGUCUGCCUGGGAAUCUUGUAACUGUUGAUGGACGGGCCUUACCAUUAUUCUUUUUGUGUGGGUGGGAGUGGGGUUGCAGGAAGGACUUUAGCCUCUGUAGGUUCCUUGUUCGAAGAUUCCGUGCACGGCACACCAUUUUACAGGGCCGAUUUUAACCAGUUCCGGCAGUGUUCAUGAGAUUUGUCUCUGCUCCAACCCCCACACCUCACCACACCCUCCACUCCCGUUGAAGCCGGACCACAUGACGAUCUCUGGUAUUGAUUUGAUUCACUUUUACUGCACAAGCUUGCUGUUUCUUAAAUGAAUUUUACUGUUAAGGUUUUUAAAACAACAAACAAAAAAUGGAAAAUUGCUUGCAUUAUUUUGUGUAACACAAGCACAGGUAAUUCAAAGAUUACAGUGGGCAGACAGUGGUGGAACAUAGUGCUUUUGGCAUCAGCCUUCAACGUAUAACCAAAAUGCAUACGAGAUUCCUUCCUGAUUACUGCCUUGUGUUUACAGGUUCGGAUCUAGGGGAAAGGUUACUGUGAGUUUUCCCUGACCUGUUCAGUUGGAGAGGAAACCUAUUUUGUCAUUUUUAUAUAAAGUCAUUGAUAUUUUUUCUUUAAUUUUGAUACAGAACAUUUCGUCAAAAAAUGAAAGAAAAUAGCUAACAAAAACUGUAAAAAAAAAUCUUUAAAAGAACUGUGUAUAAUGAACAUUGUACUUGCCAGCCUAAAAGAUAUAUUUAUUCUAGGGAAAUGAUGACAAGUUAUAUUUUUGUGUUUUUUUUCCUUGUAAAUGAAAAGGGGAUUUUUUUUCUGAAGACAUGAAAUACUUGGUUUCUAAUGUUUAUUUUAUCAUUGGCGAAGCAGACCACAACCUGUCUUCGUACCCGUCUGGGCUGUGGAGCAGCUGCCAAGCUGCUCUCUGUGGGAUCUGCUGGGAUUAAUAAGGUAGCGUCAAAGGAUUUGAAGUCGAGAUACACAGUUCACAGCCAUGCCCUGGAAUAAACAAAAAAAAUACCCUCUGCCUGGAUUUUGUUGUAUGUAACAAUAAGUCUUGUCUUUGUCCAACACAUGUACUUACCAGUGAUUCUUUACUUUUUAUAAUGCCUUUUGUAUAUUUAGAAUGCCCCUACCCCACCAUCCACCCUGCCCCCACCCACCCACCUAUCCCCUUGAAGUUGUAUUUAAAGAGCAGUGCUAUUAAAGCACUGCACGUCUCUGUACAGACUGUUCACUGUUUUUAUGAUAACUUUGGUGUACCUUGAUUCAAAGUUAGCAUGUUGCUUUUUAUCUUUUUUUAAAAGGUAUCAAAAAGUGUGAGGGGGUGUGUGUCUUUUGGCAAGACCUGCAAGGUGGUUUUAUGUUUGUAGUUGUUGGGUUUUCUUUGCCUCUGAAUUAACACAGGAUCUUUGUAGGAAAAGCCUAUUUGUUUGGUCUGUGUAGCUUGUGCUCUUUAAAGAAUUUUUUGACAAUGGUUUCAGAAUAUUUUGACCUUGUACAUGACUGUAGGACCUUUGUUUGACAGCUCAAUGUACUUUAAAAAGAACUUAUUAAAAGUUAUAUAAUAUUUAUUAGAUUCCAAAAAGGUUGGAAAUUAUGUAAUUUAUUGUAAAAAAAAAUGUAAGCAAAUUGAAAGGCUUCCAUUUGAAAUAAAAUGCCAUAGUUUGUGAAA